AUGAGAGAAAUCCUCCACAUCCAAGGCGGCCAGUGCGGCAACCAGAUCGGAGCCAAGUUCUGGGAAGUCAUCUGCGGCGAGCACGGCAUCGACCACACCGGCAACUACAGCGGUGACUCCGAACUCCAACUCGAGCGCAUCAAUGUCUACUACAAUGAGGCCAGUGGCGGAAGGUACGUUCCACGUGCCGUCCUCAUGGAUCUGGAACCCGGCACAAUGGAUUCGGUCAGGUCCGGCCCCUUCGGUCAGAUAUUCCGGCCCGAUAACUUCGUCUUCGGGCAGUCCGGCGCCGGUAACAACUGGGCCAAGGGUCACUACACCGAGGGUGCCGAACUUAUCGAUUCCGUCUUGGAUGUUGUGAGGAAGGAGGCCGAGAACUGCGAUUGCAUGCAAGGGUUUCAAGUGUGCCACUCUUUGGGGGGUGGAACCGGCUCCGGCAUGGGAACCCUUCUGAUAUCGAAGAUCAGAGAAGAGUAUCCUGAUCGUAUGAUGAUGACGUUCUCCGUUUUUCCUUCCCCCAAGGUAUCUGACACAGUUGUGGAGCCGUACAACGCCACGCUUUCUGUUCACCAGCUCGUUGAAAAUGCCGAUGAAUGCAUGGUUUUGGACAACGAGGCUCUCUACGAUAUCUCUUUCCGUACCUUGAAGCUUGCUAAUCCAACUUUUGGGGACCUUAACCAUCUCAUCUCUGCAACGAUGAGUGGAGUUACUUGUUGUCUACGUUUCCCUGGACAGCUUAACUCUGAUCUUAGGAAGCUUGCGGUGAAUCUGAUUCCAUUCCCUCGUCUCCAUUUCUUCAUGGUUGGAUUUGCACCCUUGACAUCAAGAGGAUCCCAGCAGUACCGGAACCUGACGGUGCCGGAACUCACUCAGCAGAUGUGGGAUGCUAAGAACAUGAUGUGUGCUGCGGAUCCACGCCACGGUCGUUAUCUGACCGCAUCCGCAAUGUUCCGUGGAAAGAUGAGCACGAAGGAGGUGGACGAGCAGAUGAUAAACGUGCAGAACAAGAACUCUUCUUACUUUGUUGAGUGGAUACCCAACAAUGUGAAAUCCAGCGUUUGUGACAUCCCUCCAACGGGUCUUAAGAUGUCUUCUACUUUCGUCGGAAACUCAACAUCGAUUCAGGAGAUGUUCAGGAGAGUGAGCGAGCAGUUCACAGCGAUGUUCAGGCGCAAGGCUUUCUUGCAUUGGUACACUGGUGAGGGAAUGGAUGAGAUGGAGUUCACUGAAGCUGAGAGCAACAUGAAUGAUCUGGUAGCAGAGUACCAGCAAUACCAGGAUGCUACUGCUGACGAGGAAGAGUACGAGGAUGAGGAAGAGGAUGUUGCUUGAGGAGGCGUCGUCUUUCACUUGUGAAGCAGUGAAAAAACAUUGACUUAUUCAUUUGUUUGUUGUUUUUGUAUAAAUCGAGGGUCAUUGUUUAACCUGGGUUUUUGUUCAUAAGGCCUCUGUUAUUCAGCCAUCGGAUGUUUUUCUGGGUUAAAGUUCAUAUACAUUAACGUAUGCAGUUCUCGUAUUUCUGUUCC